AGCGGAGGUGAAAGUUCAGCAGUGCGCCUUGUAAAAUGGCGGCUGAAUUGACCAGAGAGUGGAGCGAUGAACAGCUAAAAAGUGAUGAUCUACCCAAAAAAGACAUUAUUAAGUUCAUUCAGGACAAUGCUGCCCAUUCGUUUCUUGCAGAACACAAGCUGAUGGGAAAUAUUAAGAAUGUUGCAAAAACGGCAAAGAAGGAGCAACUGAUUAUUGCAUACAACGAUUUGUUUGAGAGCAAGAGAUUUUUAGGUUCAGAACCCAUUGAAGAUGUGACGGAGCAUGUGAAAAAUGUGAAGAUCGAUGACAAGCCCAAAGAAGUUGUGGAAGUCGUUGAUGAGGGUCCUCCUAAGUUCUUCAAGUCUGUGCUGAAGAAAGGUGACAAGACUAACUUCCCUAAGAAGGGAGACAAUGUGAGCUGUUGGUACACUGGCUCCCUGGAGGAUGGCACAGUGUUCGACACCAACAUCCCUGCAACUGCCAGAAAGAAGAAACAGAGCAAGCCACUGAGCUUCAAAGUUGGCCUGGGCCGGGUCAUCAAAGGAUGGGAUGAAGGUAUCUUAACGAUGAGCAAAGGCGAGACAGCCAAACUGGAGAUUGAACCAGAAUGGGCCUAUGGGAAGAAGGGACUUCCUGAUUCAAAAAUCCCACCAAACGCAAAGCUGAUCUUCGAGGUCGAGCUGGUGGCCGUCGAUUAAUGGCAGAAACCUACCCAACAUGCCCUUCUCUCCGUGGACGGGGAAAACACGGUAGUCACUAGAUGGCUAUGCUCGAAAGGACAGAAGUGGUUGUAACAUUGUCAGAACAUUGAAGGAGUCUGUGAUAUAUUGUCUUAAUUUACAUUUAAUGGGAUGCUUUGGGAUUUUGGUAAUGAGGCCCUUUAUCUACUUCCCCAGAGUCAGAUUAACUUUUGGAUACCAUUAUUUGUUUUUGUCUGUGUCCAGUAUGACGGAAGUUAAAGAUAGCAGUGGCUCGAGAAACUAACUAGUGUUGGCACAAUGACUGGAAUUCUAUGGGCAUCUACUAGAAUGCGUUUAACACUAGUUAGCAUUGGCUCGUGAAACGACAUAACUUCUUUCAUUUUAUUUAUUUUUAUUUCACCUUUAUUUAACCAGGUAGGCUAGUUGAGAACA